AUGAUGCCUGACGUGCUGAACUGGAUGGGUAUCCGCCGCAUCGACUGGCUGUGCUCCAUGAGCAACGAGAAGUACGAGGCCAUCACGGGUGCAGGCAUCACCGUGAUGCAGCGCGUGGACCUUCCGAACGACUACAUCAAGGAGAGCAUGAUGGUGGAGCUGAACGCGAAGAUCGCCAGCGGAUACCAUUGGGGGGGCAAGGCCGUGGGAGGCGCAGCCGGGCUGGAGCAGCUGGUGCAAGUCCGCGAGCAGUGCUUCAAGGUGUACGAGCUGGGGAAGCAGGGCGGCCUGGCCUUCUUCACCGUGGACGAGUCCAAGAUGCCCGCCGCCGUGGCGGCGACGGAGGAGGUCAUCCGGCGCCGCUACCCCACCCUGCAGGUGCCGCCGCACUCGCGCCUGCGCCACUUUCCGGACGGCAAGCUGGCGGGGCUGCUGGCGAGCUGGAAGUGCGACAAGGUCGAGAAGGCGCGCCGCCUGGUCGACCUCAUCACCGUCUCGGCGCUCACGGACGCGGGGGCGGGCACGGGAUCGGAGCGGAUCGGAGCGGACUACCUGCCUGAGAGGGACACCCUACUCGGGUGA